AUGUCACACAACAAAGAUACCGAGUCGAAUAUAAAACGGCAAGAUGAGCUGCUGGACAUGUUUUUUGAUGAAAACUUUGUGCCUCAAGCAUUUGUAGACAUACUGUUGUCUAGCACCAAGUCAGAUGACUUCGGGCAAUUGCGUACCAUGUCGACAUCGUUGUUAGCACGCUUGGACUUUUACACUAAAAGCUUAACUUCUAGGCUAGAAAAUACUAUAUGGAAUUUAGAGAAACUAUCCGAAACGCUUCCGGGGACCUGGAUCAACACUUCAGGUAAGGAGGAAUCAAGAUCCAAAGAAAAUACUUUGAACAGUUUAGUAGGCGCAAAAUCGAACUCACCGGCAGAAUCGUAUGGUGUUUCGAAACUAGAAUACUAUCUAGACACACUAGGUAGCUCAGUAAAAGCGUUGAAAACUGAUUUGUCCAAAAUUGAGAAUGAUUUGGAUCAAAUGAAUGAGAUAUCACACGAAGGCGAGGCUGUAUUAGGGAAGUUACGUGCGCUGGGGUUAGUAAAGGCAAGAUUGGACAAUGUUCUACAUGUUUUCAUGCGGCUGAAAAGUAUUCUUAUCAUCUCGGAAGGUAACCCUGUAGAGGCCAGUAUCAAGGAUGCUCUUCCAAACGUUUCUUCAAGGGACUUCGAACUUUCUCUACAAACACUAGCGGAAGCAAUAACGCAGUCGCUGAAAGAAUCUUUAGAGAAGGAGAAGAAUGAUCAAUUGAAUAGAGAACUUUUGACGAAAAUCGAUAACUUUUCUGAACUGGAGCCGGUGUUUAAAGGGCUACAACCGUUUUACGACCUCUAUUCAGAGUUUGCGAAUACAAUCGAACGUAACGCUCAAAGUUAUCUCCGCCAAAAGGAUAUAGUUGGCGAGUUUGGGAUAUAG